AUGGAAACGAACGAAGCUGAAAUACUUUCGGAAGUUUUUGACGAUAAUUUGUCAGACGUUCCUAGUGGGAACGAAGAUGCGGAUGACUCUUUUGAAGAUUGCGAGGACGAUUCCAGUGACAGUGAAAUUAUUAGACCUGUAAAGAAGAGUAAGGUGGCAGUGUUUUCAAGUGAUUUCGACACUGACGAAGAAAUGAUAAUUCUGUGCAGCUAUCACGAUCAAACCGCAAUGAAACGCAAAACAUCAUCCAGAACACUCAAGUGGUCUUCGGUUACACCGAAAGACAUGAAGAAAUUCCUUGGUCUAAUUAUUCUGAUGGGUCAAACAAGAAAAGAUAGCUGGAAAGAUUAUUGGUCCACAGCUCCUUUGGUAUUUACCCCUAUAUUUGCACAAACAAUGAGCCGCCAUAGAUUUGAACAAAUAUGGACAUUUUGGCAUUUCAAUGAUAAUACGAAAAUGGACAGUCGCUCGGGGAGACUUUUCAAAAUUCAACCCGUGCUGGAUUAUUUCCUGCAUAAAUUCAGAACAAUAUACAAACCAAAGCAACAGUUGUCCUUGGACGAGGGAAUGAUCCCAUGGAGAGGACGGCUAAGGUUUCGUACGUACAACCCAGUAAAACUGACAAAACAUGGUUUACUUGUUCGGAUGGUGUGCGAGAGUGACACCGGCUACAUAUGCAAUAUGGAUAUAUACACUGCUGAAGGAAGAAAAUUGGAACAAACUAUAUUAAAAGUAGAAUGA